CUUCAACUUCAGCUUGGCCUCGAGGAAUUUCCUGCAUUCUGUUUCAUAGAAGCACCAGCAUGGCGUCUGCGACUCUUGCGCAGUGCGUGACGGCAUGCCCGCUUCCUGUACGUGCCUCAGGAAUUCUGCCUCGGCUUGCAAAUUCGGCCAAGUCUCUGGCAUUGUCCGGGUGGCAUGCUUGCUUGGUGGCGCACGCACAGUCAGGAGAUGUGAAAAGGAGGAAUGUGCAAUUGCGGAGAGUGCAAGCGAGAGAUGUCCCCCAACCGAAACCUCACCGACAUUCUUCCGCCCUGCGAGCAAGCACAUCCUCGCCCCCCAGCGUCGAAGAGCAGGAGCAAGACGACCCGUAUGACAGCGUCGACGUAUGCGAGCUCGUUCUGGGGAACGAGGUAGAAAUGGACAUUGAGGGGGGGGGAGCGCAGGAGCCGGUAGAAGCCUACUUUGCAAAGGCGGUGAAGAACAACAACGGGAGCGGCGUGCUGCUGCUGACGGAUAUCCUGGGGAUUGGGAAUGAAGAUACACGGGACUAUGCAUUCCGGCUGGCGUGCUUUGGCUACAACGUGUUUGUGCCAGAUUUGUUCCGGGGCAAGCCGUGGGAAGAGGGCCGCGACAUGUCCGGCUACGACAGCUGGCGCGAGCAGCACGACCCGGAGCGCGUUGCCUCCGACAUCGCGCUCGCGCACCAGUUUCUCGCGGCGGAACUGGCAGAACACGGGGCUGGGCUUCGAGGGGAAGGGCGGAUUGCGUUGGUGGGCUUCUGCUUUGGCGGCGGCCGCGUUGUGGAGCAACUAGCAGCGGAUACGGAGGGCAAAUACAGCGCGGGGGUGUCGUUUUACGGCACGCGGUACGACGCGAAACUGGGGGAGAAAGUGAAGGUGCCGCUGCUGCUGAUUGCGGGCGACUCGGAUCCGCUGGUUCCGGUCGACUUUGUGAGGGACGUGGAGCGGAGUCUGAAGAAGGGGCGGGGGCGGGCGCAGAGUAAAGUAAAGAUUUAUGAGGGGCGGAAGCACGCGUUUGCCCACCAUCCGAAGUUCGAGGACGAUGCGGAUGCGGACGACGCGUUUGAGGUCAUGAAGGAGUGGCUCCGAGAACAUUUACUGCACAUUGAGCCGGGCGCGCAUUCACACUCGUAGCAGUGCUUGUACGGGUGUGUAAGCUUUUGUACAGUAGGACGGUUGAGGUGUGAUUUUUGAGACUCGAAUAAGCGGUGGGGCUGUUCUCGUCGAAGCUAGGAGGCGUUCCCCGAAGAGUUGCUAGAAAUAAAGCCCCGAACUAUAGGCACUUGUGACAGCGUUGUGUUUGUUUCAAAGUAUGAUGAGUUGGCGGAAGUUCCAGGCUUCUUUUAUUGGUACCUGACGAUAUGGGAACCUCUGUAAUGGAAGCGUGCCGUCAAUGAAGUAUCCAAUCGCAGCUUCCAACACGCUGCCGCGGACAAUCAUCACAAAUCAGCCCCCCC